AUGCUCUUCAAUUGCGCGGAUCUGGCCAAGUACAUGCCUGAGGGUGUGAAACGUGCCGAGGUUUUUUCAGUCGAGAACUAUGGACAACCGCAUCUUCUGAAUUACACAUUCGACUUCGAAAAAAAAGAAUGGAAUAAAACCUCAGAGUGAGUUUUUUUUUGCUUUUGAAAUUCGACUGAUUUUGAAAUUUUGAGCUGACAGUGAAUACAAAAUUUUUUUUGUGAUUUCAGGCCUGUUCGUUUGUAUCCAGAUAACGGCCCUUCGGACUCGGACUUUUACUGGACAUUCUUCUCCGAAAACUUUGACCGGAUUGCACUUAUUUACUCUCGCGGUGGGUAAGUAUUAACCAAAAGUUGUUUUUUACUCUAAGUUCGACGCUCACAUUUCGGUGGAACUUGUCAAAACUUAAGUUUUUUUUGAAGUCGCAGUAAUCUUUUCAGCAAAUCUUUUUACUUCUGGCGAGACGCGCCCGAACAAAGUUUUGAGAUGCCUGGAUUUAACCAAAUAGAUAAAACAGUCUAUAUGAUCAGAGACGAGUUGUAUUAUUGGAGAUCUAACCUUACUACAGCCGUACAUCCUAUGGAGCAUUGGUUUUUACGAAGUCGGGGCAAGCCCGGCGAAUUCGAUAUAAUUUCUGAACUACGAGGAUGGACCAGCCAGGAUGACCUAACCGAUUCCACCCUCUACAUUCGCGAUGUGGAUAUUAUGUAUUAUAUACCCUACACGGGGAUUUGUCGGCAGGCUUUUCAAAUUUUUUCCAGGGUAAGGAAAUGUGAAAAAUUUGAUUUUACGGCAGGAAAUAUCAAGAUUUUGUUUUAGUUAGGUGUAAAAAAAAUAUUUUUUCAUUUUUUUCAGGGAAUGUACGACCAGCAAUGCAACCCAUCAAUUGGAAUAUUUGCCAGAACCAAACCCGGCGUUAUUUAUCCGCUUGUAAGUUGUUUCACCUUUUUUUGCGAAUUCUAACAAUGUUUUAGAGGAUGUUCGGAUGGCAUGGAAGAAACUGCGACCCGAUGUUUCAGAAAUAUCGUUACGAUGAACGUGCGUAUGUCCGUUUUGAAGUCCAGCCGCCUACGGUAGGUGGAAAUUAUUUUUAUUUAUUUUCUAUGCACGGUGCAAAGCAAAGUUUGUUCUCAGCCGCAGAGUGCGAAACUUUAUUUAGACAACAACGACGAGCACGACCACUACGACCACCACAACUACCACUACCACGGUAUAGUUUUCUUGCGAAUUUUUCAUUUACUCUGCGACACAGUGCAGAAAAAAAGUUUCGGUUCAAAUGACGCUGUAAGUUUUAUCUUAUCUUCAGACCACCACGACUACCACCACUACCACGACUACUCCGGUGAGUUUAUGGGCAUAAACAAAAUUUUGUUUUCUCUUUGUGACUGCACUGUGCGAUGGGAAAGGCUUUUCCCUGUUCUGCGAUUGACAGAGUGCACAGUGCACAAAGAAAUAAAUUGCACUGCACGUCAAUCCAAAAUAGAAGAAAAAAUUUCCCGCCCCUUUUUUGGUGAUUCGUUCAAAAUCCGAUAAAACGCAUUUUCUUAUCUUUCUUCUUCCUUUUCGAGAAAAAAACAAUUAUUUCGGGCGAGAAAAAGUGCCGAUAAUUUCGCGACAUUUCGUCUCUCUUUUAAACCAAUGAAAACGGUACGAAGUUUCGAAACGGUUCAGGAAAUGCGCUGGAUUGACGUGCACUGUGCCAUCGAAAUUUUUGCGCACACUGCGGCUUUUGCGAGCCUUUGGGUUGUGGCGCCGCCCGAUUGUGACGCAGAAAUUUUCAGACUACAACAACAACAACCACCACUACCACCACCACCACCACAACCACUCCAACUACCACCACCGCCACCACCCCCACCACAACCACUCCAACUACCACCACCACCACCACCACCACCACCACCACCACCACCACCACCACCACCACCACCACCACCACUCCAACAACUACUAUGACCAAGUCUACCAGUACAUCAUCCACUACAGUGCCGUCUACUCUAUCCCCAACCACAAUUGAUCCCAAUAUCAAGUCAAGUACAGAUAAUAUGUCUUACGUCAUCACAAAGUUGCCUGCACAGUACGUUAUUUUAGAGCUGGCCAAUGGUUUUAAAGCCCUUCGAAACGUAAAUAUCUUUUAUUUUUAGCUCUGAAAAGUUAGUUAUGCCAGCUGACUACUCAACUAUCUACGUUUUCACUGGCUCGUUCCUUGGCUUGCUACUCCUUCUCUGCCUUUGUUCCAUUGUAAUUGCGCUGCUCUACAGAAGAAGAAAGGAUAAGGUAAAGAAGUUGUUUAGGUUCCAUAAAUGCACCGGGUUUUUAGGAAGAAAAGACAAAUGAGAGAAAGUUGAAGGCCUCGAAUAAGCGUCGUCGUAGGUCGACGAGAAAAUGGACAAAGACGAGUGGUACUGAUGUGGAGACAAAGACGGAUCCUCACUCUUCGAUGGGAAACACGAAGUCGUCCAAGGUAAGGGAGGAAAUUGAAAAAAUUGUGACUGCACUGUGCAAUGGGUAAUCAAUUUUUGCACAGUGCCAGAUUUUUUUUUAUUUUUACAAAAAAUAUGGAAAAAAAUUUAACAACUUUUUUUUCAGAAAGCCAAGAAGGGAAAGAAUCGAAAGCAAAGAACUGAGUCUGUCGAUCGUUCUGUUCUGACCAAUAAAAACUCAUCGCUUAUGUUCAAGACCACGGGCGGAACCCAAGAGUUUCUCUAG